CUACCAAAAAAAAAAAAAACAGAGAACAAAACCUUUUCCAUGAGAUGAAAACACAUUUGCUAAAACUGAUACUUGAAGUAUCUCUACCAAUUACAUUCUUCAUUGUAGUGUUUAUCUUCUUCUUCUUCUUCAGAAGAAAAACAGAGUCUAAUGAACUCCAAAACGACGUCGAAUCUCCUUACGAGAAACAAAACUUCUCUGGAUCAGAAACAGAGGAGGAAGAGGAGGAGGAGCUUGUCAUCUUCAACGGAGGAGAAGAUCUAACGAUCUGCGACAUCCUCGAAGCUCCCGGAGAAGUCAUCGGAAAAUCAAGCUACGGAACAUUAUACAAAGCAAGUUUACAGAGAAGUGGGAAAGUCAGAGUUCUUAGGUUCCUUCGACCUUUAUGUGCAGUUAGAUUGGAACCAAAGGAGUUUGAUGGCGUCAUCGAGUCGCUUGGAAUUUUAAGACAUGAUAACUUGGUUCCUUUGUUGGGUUUCUACGUUGGAAACAGAGGAGAGAAGCUUAUGAUUCAUCCUUUCUUCGGUUCUGGGAAUCUCUCCGAGUUCAUCAGAUGUGGAGAUGUUGAAUCACACAAAUGGAGCAAUAUUUUGAGCAUCACCACUGGAAUAGCCAAAGCUCUUGAUCAUCUCCACACAGGAAUGCAGAAACCGAUCGUUCACGGGAACCUCAAGUCCAAGAAUAUUCUCUUGGACCAGAGCUUUAGGCCUAGAGUCUCUGAUUUCGGGUUGCAUCUGCUCUUGAAUCUUGCGGCUGGGCAAGAGAUGCUAGAAGCUUCAGCUUUGGAGGGGUACAAAGCGCCUGAGUUGAUGAAGAUGAAGGAAGUGAGCAAGGAGAGCGAUGUUUACAGUUUCGGUGUGAUCAUGCUUGAGCUGGUUUCGAGUAAACUGCCAACGAACAAGAGUUCAACUAGUUAUGUUCUUGACCAUGAGAGAUUGUUGGACUUGUGCCGUGCUGAGGUUCUUGGGAGGGGUGAGGAAGAUAUGACUAAAGAAUAUGUUCUUGAAUACAUUGAGAUUGCAAUGUCUUGUUGCUCUCCAUCGCCUUCUCUUAGGCCUAGCUUCAAGCAAGUAUUGAGGAAACUUGAAGAGAUCAAGAACUAACUAACCUGCGGAGCAGACAUGCCAAGAGAGAGAGUUUGAUACCUUCUCCAAGAUCAAUUAAGCAGGCAAGAGUUCCAGAAUAGUGGAAGGAGUAUAUACCUGAGAAAAGAAGAUAUUUUCAGACGCCAACAAGGGAGGAACUUCACAAGGCCUUCAGUAAUCCUAGGACAUCAUGUUCAUGAGUAUCAUCAAAAGGCUUGAAAGUAACACAGUGUCUUGAAUGUAAUGUCCUUGAAGUUGUUUCUCAUAGCAUUGUGCGCUGUAUCUGGAGCGAGAUUAUGAUUCCUGAAUUAUAUACCUGAAAUCUCCAUGUGUCUUUCUCUCUCUCUCUAGUUUUGCUCUGAAAGAUGAAAUUAGUGUAUGUGUAAGCACAUAUUCAUUCAGUGCUUUGUACUCUUCACUUUCUCCAUCAAAUCAUAUAGAACUCUGUAUAUAUCUUCCUUCUGGGGAUGGUGUUGAUCCCCAGAGCAAAACUUGUGGACUUGACCUCCAAUAGUAAUCCAGCUCAGUCCAGGUUCUUUUCUCAUGGCUUGAGAAUUCAUCACCUUUCUUACACUUAGUUCAGCAUCAAUAUUCCCAGCUUCUCUGUAUGCGUUUGACAAGAGAACAAGAGCAGCUGAAUCUUCCGGGUUACAAGAGAUAACCUUAUGAGCCGCAAUCUCUGCCAAAUGAAUGUUCCCAUGAACCCUACCCGCUCCAAGCAAUGUCGACCAGACUUUCUCAUCAGGCUCUAUAGGCAUCUUCAUUAUAAACUCCCAUGCUUCAGUUAGACGUCCCACACGGCCCAGGAUAUCAACCACACAAGCAUAAUGUUCAACCUCUGGGACCAGUCCAUAUCUUUCCUCCAUUAAAUGAAAACACCUCAGGCCUUCAUCAACUAGCCCUCCGUGUCUGCAAGCAAACAGAAGACAUAGAAAUGUAACGGAAUUGGG